AUGUUCAAAAUAAAAGAAGUGGCUGAUGUACGCCCUUUUGAUUUAGAAGUCCGUGAAGUCUUCGCACACUGCUUGAACGUUGAAGAAGAGGUUGAUGAUUGCAUAAACUUCAUUCGAAAGUGCCACAAGUGUCAGAUUUAUGCAGAUAUGAUCCAUACUCCACCAGCCCCAUUGCAUGUUUUCACGGCGCCUUGGCCAUUUUCAAUGUGGGGAAUGGAUGUGAUUGGGCUUAUUACACCAAUAGCCUCAAAUGGACAUCGAUUCAUAUUGGUGGCCAUUGAUUAUUUAACGAAAUGGGUAGAAACGGCUUUUUAUGCCAAUGUGACACAAAAGGUGGUGUGUAAGUUCAUCCAAAGGGAGAUAAUAUGUAGAAAUAGGCUGCCGAAAAAUAUAAUUACUAAUAAUGCAAGUAAUUUGAAUGGUGCGAUGGUGAAGGAGGUUUGCGCUAAAUUCAAAAUCAAGCAUCAUAACUCGACAACUUACCAUUCGAAGAUGAACGGAGCGGUAGAGGCAGCUAACAAAAAUAUUAAAAAGAUUGUUGAAAAGAUGACUGAAGUCUACAAAGAUUGGCUCGAUAAACUUCUUUUUGCCUUGCAUGCAUAUCGAACUUCUGUGCAUACCUCCAUGGGGGCAACUCCGUACUCAUUAGUAUAUGGUAUAGAAGCAGUUCUACCUGUUGAAGUAAAAAUCCCAUCAUUAAGGGUGUUGAUGGAAACAGAAUUGGAAGAUGCUGAGUGGAUCCGCUCUCGCUAUGAACAAUUGAACUUGAUUGAGGAAAAAAGGCUUGCGGCUCUUUGUCAUGGCCAGAUGUACCAACGAAAAAUGAUACGAGCAUACAAGAAAAAAGUUCGUCCCAAGCAGUUCCGAGAAGGAGAGUUGGUUCUUAAGAGAUUACUCCCUAAUCAGAUCGAUUUUUGA